UUUUCCGAGCCGGGGUUUCCUGCCUGAGCGCCGAGAGGCCGUGCGACGCCAUGGGCCGGCCGGGCCCGGACCCGCAGCUUGCGCGGUAAGCGCGGCCCGCCGAGCGUGUUGGAGGAACUGAGCAGCCCGCGUCCCGCUUCUGUUUUCUGGCGUUUCCUCAUUCUGUUUCUCUUCCCCAAUCCCAGACCGCAGUGAUGUGGGCGCGGAGCUCGGCCUCUCCGCCACGUUCUCCGCCAUGAGCGGGCCCACCGUGCAGCCGUCCCGCACGUCCUCGGCACCCGCGUCGCCUGCAUCCCCGCGCGGCUGGAGCGACUUCUGCGAGCGGCACGCAGCGGCGGCGGCCCGAGAGCUGGCCCGCCAGUACUGGCUAUUCGCACGCGCGCACCCACAGCCGCCGCGCGCCGACCUGGUGUCGCUGCAGUUCGCCGAGCUCUUCCAGCGCCACUUCUGCCGGGAGGUACGAGAGGGUCUCGCGGGGCCGCCGGGUCGCGACUACCGGGCCACCGCCCCGCACCGCCCCGCGCUGCCCAAGGCACGCAGCUCCGAGGACCUGGGCCCGCGGCCCGCCUGCGCCCUGCAGCACCUGCGCCGCGGCCUGCGCCAGCUCUUCCGCCGCCGCUCGGCUGGGGAGCUGCCGGGGGCUGCCAACGACACCGACGACACCGACAAUGAUACCUCCGCCUCCACCAGGCCGGGCCCGGCCCGCAAGCUGCUACCCUGGAGUCUUCGGGAGCCAUCGGCCGAGGCGCUCAAGGAGGCGGCGCUGCGCUACAGCCUGGCGGAUGAGGCAGCCAUGGAUAGUGGCGCGCGCUGGCAGCGGGGUCGCUUGGUGCUGCGGGCCCCGGGUCCAGGCCACGGCCGCCUGUUGCAGCUCUUCGAUCCACCCAAGAGCUCAAAGCCCAAGCUCCAAGAGGCCUGUUCGAGCAUCCGGGAGGUCCGGCCAUGCACACGCCUGGAGAUGCCUGAUAACCUCUACACGUUUGUGCUGAAGGUUCAGGACCAGACAGACAUCAUCUUUGAGGUGGGAGACGAACAGCAGCUGAACUCAUGGCUGACAGACCUCAGGGCAAGCACAGGCCAAGGGUUGGAGCACAUGGACACAGAGUUACCCCUUUCCUUAGUAGCAGAGCCUGGCCCAGCCACCUCCCCAAGGGGAAGCACUGACUCCCUGGACCAAGGUGCUUCACCUGGGGCGAUGCUGGACCCAGCCUGCCAAAAAACAGAUCACUUUCUGUCCUGUUACCCCUGGUUCCACGGCCCUAUCUCCAGGGUGAGGGCUGCACAGCUGGUUCAGCUACAAGGCCCUGAUGCCCAUGGUGUGUUCUUGGUGCGGCAGAGUGAGUCCCGGAGAGGGGAAUAUGUGCUCACAUUCAACUUACAGGGCAGAGCCAAGCACCUCCGCCUAGUGCUCACAGAACGUGGACAGUGUCGUGUGCAGCACCUGCACUUCCCCUCAGUGGUGGACAUGCUCCGUCACUUCCAGCGCUCCCCCAUCCCACUUGAGUGUGGAGCAGCCUGUGAUGUUCGGCUCUCUGGCUAUGUGGUAGUCGUCUCCCAGGCACCAGGUCCCUCCAACACUGUCUUCUUCCCUUUCUCCCUUCCUCACUGGGACUCGGAGCUGGGUCUUCCCCACCUCAGCUCUGCUGGCUGUCCCCCUGGGCUCAGCACGGAGGCUCUCCCUGGCCGAGUGACACCCCCAGAGCAGAUCUUCCACCUGGUGCCUUCUCCUGAGGAACUGGCCAACAGUCUUCGGCACCUGGAGCUGGAGACUGUGAGCAGCAGUGCCCAGGACUCAGACUAUGAGAUGGACUCCUCUUCACGGAGCCACCUUCGGGCCAUCGACAACCAGUACACCCCUCUCUCACAGCUGUGCAGAGAUGCAAACUUGUGAAUGUAACCAUCUUCCUUUCCUCCAGGCUGCCAUCAGCCUUCCCCAGCUCAGAUGUACCCCUCCACCAGGCUGUCACAGGCCUCCUGUCAGCCGCAGCUAGCCCCUGGCUUUCUCCCACUGUUUACAAAUGUAGUCUUGUGCACAGGUGCCAGUAGCUGGUACCGUAGGCGUAGUCCCCAACCCAGAGGCGGUGGGGGCUGUAAGACCAGAGCUGGCAGUGGAAACUGACAGAGCUGAUGACAGACUUCCUUCUAGUAGGGUCAUCGGGAAGCACAAAACACUAACAACAGUCCCUGGAUUCCCACAUGGUUUCCUUUCCUGUGGCUUCAGUUCCAUGGCAAGGCCACAUUCUAUGCCACAGGUGAUGGAUGCUUCAUAAUCCUGCUUCUACUCUUAGCUUUAGGACAAGCUAGGGGGACAAGCUUAAAAGAUCAAAAAUGAUUUUAAACAUUUUACCUCAGAUUAAAUUUUUUUUUUUAAAGAUUCAGGUUUCCAUUUAAAAUUACAGCUUAUUUCACUGCCCUGCCCUUCUAGUACCCGUGCCACUCUCAAGUCAGGGGCAGCUAAGCACACCUGCUCAUUCGCCCUGAGCCAGGCUAGUGCACUAGUGUUCUUCUCUGCUCAUCCUCAGGACAGUUGCCUGCAGUGGGGUAGCCACUAUCCUAAUGUAGAGAAUGAAGUGUGUCACCCUUUCAGGGAAAUCCAGGCAGCUUGCAGAGAGAGGCGGGUGGCAAGGGACAUUCUGCCCCAGUGCCUUAUGCAUAUAAAGGCCAGGACCCUGGUUUAUAGCAGCUUUACCAAGGAUGGGAUGAACAGGUGGGGGAGAAAUAAGCACAAAUGGAAGGGAUCCUAGGC